UAUAACAAUGUUAGCAGUCUCGAUCUCGUCGGGUAUCGUCGGCAAAUGAUUUAUAUGUUGUGAACAAACACAAUAUUAUACAAAAUUGCAAGCCCUGUCUAUGGUAAUGCAUCUAAUCAUUCCAUCAUGAUUCGACACCAGGCAGAGACAUUUAUCAUAACUUGGGUUGCCUAUGCUUCAACUUAUCUUCUACGGAAACCUCUUGGAGUCGUGAAAGCAGAUCUUGCCACUGAACUGUCUAUGAGCAAGGCUCAACUUGGAUGGUUAGAUGCUGCACUGCUUCUUCCAUAUGCCACAGUUCAGAUUGUUUUGGGAUCUCUUGGAGACAGAGCUGGUGCCAGGAAAACUUUGGGCUUCUGUCUCAUAUUAUCAGCAUUUUCCAUGGUCAGCUUUGGCUUUUGGCCAAACUUUUACAUUCUUUGUCUUCAUCUCUUCAUCAAUGGUGCAGCUCAGUCGCAGGCCUGGCCUAGCUGUACUAAGAUCUUGGGGCAGUGUUUCAACACUCAGCAGAGGAAUAGUCUCUUUGGGAUUUGGGGAACAUGUACCUUUGCAGGGGGAAUCUUUGGAACUGCAGUAGCUGUCUACCUGAGGGCAACAUACAACUGGCAAACGACUUUCUUCAUUCCAUCAAUAUUUGUGUGUUUUGUAGGUGUCUUAGUUGUUGUGAUGCUGAUAGAACCUCCAAUGGGAAUACCACUAACUGAAACUGCGCAAGAAGCACUACCAGGUCUUAAUCCCAAGCAAUCAUCAAGUACUCUACCAUGGAUGAAAUUGUGGUCACUACCAAUGGUGAAAGAAGCAGCCAUAGCAACAUUCUGUAUUAAGAUUGUCAGAUAUUGUAUGUUUAUGUGGCUCCCAUUGUAUCUUCACCAAGAGCUUCAAUACAGCCAAACAGAAGCUGGAUUAUAUUCAACUAUAUUUGAGAUUGGAGGAGUCAUAGGAAGUGCAUCAGUGGGGUACCUUAUAACCAGAUUCCUGCAAGAUAGGGCAUUCAAAGGGACCAGCCUCUGUAUCCUCCUCAGCGCAUUGAGUUUCAUUGGAUUCUAUUCCACAACCAGACACAGUGUGUUACUGAACCAGUCCUUUAUGUUAUUGGCAGGAGCCUUCAACUGUGGAGUAGACCCCAUCCUCACUGGGUCCAUCCCCUCUGCGUUGGGGGAGCAAGGCGGUAUGGAUAUCCAGGCGUCAGUAGCUGGCUUUGUCAAUGGUAUUGGAACAACAGGCACAAUCAUAGAAGGCCCUGUUAUUGGCAUAGUGGCUGAGCUAUUUGGAUGGCAAAGUAUGAUCUAUCUCAUGAUUCUUCUCUCAGUGCUUGGUGCCAUGGCAACAUAUAAAGGUCACAUGAUCCAGUCGCGGAGAUGACACUUUGUUAGUUAUCCAUAAGCACAGGAUUUGUUGUCUGCAUUAUUACUGAAAUAUUCCAUGUUUUAAAAGUAGUGAACCGUUUUGUACUUGAUUGAAAUCUGUCACGAUUACAUCCUAGUCCUUUUCUCAUAUGUUCAUAAAUCAUGUUCCCAGUGAAACUGGCAAAAUUCAUUGCACAUUUCUUUGUGAAAUGCCAGGAUAUGAACGAUUCUAUUUGCUAUUAUUUAUUUUUAAAUGUACCCUCACUCACCAUAUAUAUUGUCCCAUUUACACGAAUCAUUGAUUUCUGGUAAUUGAACUUUCGUUGUUCUGAAUCAUUUGUGGCUGAUAUUUUGAUAUAAAAUGGAGGUUUAUACGGCACACUUUCACAAAUCAUGUACCAUAAAGUCUAUAAAAACUCAAUUCUGUACACGUCACACAUUGUGUAAAUGGUACAAUACAUGUGGCAAGUGAGGGUAUUUCAAUAGGCAGAGUGCAAAAGUGCAUAUAUGAUGGUUUGUAGAUUGGACAAGACAUUUUACAAUUUUUGCCUAUCAAGAUCAAUUAUUCUUUGCACAUUAAUGAACUUACGGGGUUGUUUUGCAAAGUUAGGUGUAUUGCUUUGGAGAAUUUCAUUCACACUGCCCAGAUUAUUUUUAAGUUGCCUUAUCAGUCACAGAACUAAAUGAACAAUAAAUUCUUCUGCAAUUUGUUCAAAGCAAACAGGGUACCUGUAUUAAUUUGUUGAAUAAUAGUGUAAAAGAAUACCACUUUGACAUGUUAGCCAUGUAUUAACUUUAGCUAAUAUAGAGUUAGUGCUAAUAUUUAUCAUUCACAUAGUGCAAUAUAAAUUUACUUCAUACAUCAGAUAAAGUCCCUUUUUAUCUUAACCUGACUUGUGGUAAAUUAAAAUACAACUUCAUUUUAAAAUCUGUUACAAUAUUUUACAGCAUUAGCGAAGCAGAAUGCACUGUAUUUUACUGUAUGCUCACAAGAAGGAAUUUAAUAAAGCAUUAUUCCUGCAUAAUACAUGGCUAACAUAUCAAAGUGGUAUUUUAUUCUUUUACACUAUUAAACAAAAAGAAUACCCUAUUUGCUUUGAACAAAAUGCAGAGGAAUUAGUUAUUCAUUUGGUUUUGUGACUGAUAAGGCCUAUAAUUGUUGAUUGUUUUGAUUUAUGACCUAUUUACUUCAUAUUUUUGUCAUUUCUUAAGCUUAUAGCCUCAUGUGGUGUCGUAUUCUCUGUCUUUCACACAGUAAAAACAUUUUUUUACAUGAAUAAUAUUGUUAUCUAUGUACAAUACAAUGAAAAACCCAUAUUUUUAAGAGAGGAGUCAUAUGCUGAUGAUUUUGAAUUAGAAGU